AUGAAUAAUAAAUUAAUCAGUCCACCCUUCUGUCCGUCAAAGGCUCCUCAGGCGACCACUAUUUUCCACCAGUUGACAGAAGCUGUGACCUCACCUUUUGCGCCGGUGCAUCCAGGACACAUUAGAGAGGAACUUGUUGAACUGAUGAUGAUACAGAAUGCACAGAUGCAUCAGGUUGUCAUGAAUAACAUGACCAUAUUUGUACUCAACAGUUUUGACUGCACACACACACCUGAGGUGAUGUAUUUAAAAGUUCACUGAAUAAACAGAAACAUGUUUCAGUUUGAUUUGAAAAUGGAAUGUUUCCAUGUCCAAUUUCAAUAUAAUAUAAUGGUGUAUAGCUCUCAGUUUGUAUGAAUUGUUUUAUAGACAAGGAUCGAUAUGGAUUUAGAGGAGAAGCCUGUUGUUUACCACCAUUAUUACCCCCCUGUGCCCAGCCUCUGUUACCCAGGUUGGGUACCUUUACCUCAGCUGCUGAUCCAGGCUCCAUUCCCUCUCCUCCAGAAGAUACAGGACCCACCACAAGCUGCACAACUUGUUUGCACAGGAUACAGAGACGUGUACUGUAGUUACAAAAUAAAAACAUUGUAUUGCAUGUAUUUUAUUGUUUGUACAUAGUAGUUUAAGACACCUAAUAUAAAGUGGGACCAACAAUUAUAAUGGUCAUAAAAUUAUGUUGCCUUUUCUUGCAUGCAACAUAUAUAAUUUUUUGUGAGGUUCACCCUGAAGUGUGUACAAACACACUGUAACUCACCAGAGUGAUGUAAUUCAGGAAAGCUGUACCACCCCCACCUCCACCCAGUGCUUUACUGUCAUUUUAACAUAAUGAAUUUCUCUUGCAGCAGUUUAUGCUGCAGAGAGAGGGCAGUGAUGAACAGUUCCUCUUCUGGGAUAAUGCUCGGGCAUGGAGUUGUUGAGUGUGAGGUGUGUGUCUUUAAAUACAUGUGUACACACCUAAUGAAAUGUUAUCACGGUUUUAAAAAUGAGUACAGAAUGGAAUACAUGAUGCUUUGAAAAACACAUAAAUUAU